GCGGAGGAGGAGGGGUGUGUUCCUGCCCACUGCCCAGCCUCAUCCUGUCACACCAGGCUCUGCCCCCUGACCCACCCCAUACCUAGCUGUGCCCCCUGCUUGUUACCCCAUACCAGGCUCUGUCCCACCCCAUACCUAGCUGUGCCCCGUCCCUGUUACCCCACACCAGGCUCUGUCCCACCCCAUACCUAGCUGUGCCCCCUCCCUGUUACCCCACACCAGGCUCUGUCCCACCCCAUACCUAGCUGUGCCCCCUCCCUGUUACCCCACACCAGGCUCUGUCCCACCCCAUACCUAGCUGUGCCCCCUCCCUGUUACCCCACACCAGGCUCUGUCCCACCCCAUACCUAGCUGUGCCCCCUCCCUGUUACCCCACACCAGGCUCUGACCUACCCCAUACCUAGCUGUGCCCCCUCCCUGUUACCCCACACCAGGCUCUGACCUACCCCAUACCUAGCUGUGCCCCCUCCCUGUUACCCCACACCAGGCUCUGACCUACCCCAUACCUAGCUGUGCCCCCUCCCUGUUACCCCACACCAGGCUCUGACCUACCCCAUACCUAGCUGUGCCCCCUCCCUGUUACCCCACACCAGGCUCUGACCUACCCCAUACCUAGCUGUGCCCCCUCCCUGUUACCCCACACCAGGCUCUGACCUACCCCAUACCUAGCUGUGCCCCCUCCCUGUUACCCCACACUAGGCUCUGACCUACCCCAUACCUAGCUGUGCCCCCUCCUUGUUACCCCACACCAGGCUCUGACCUACCCCAUACCUAGCUGUGCCCCCUCCUUGUUACCCCACACCAGGCUCUGUCCCACCCCAUACCCAGCUCUGACCUACCCUACGCCCAGCUCUGUUCCCUCCCUGUUACCCCAUACCCAGCUUCUGCCCCACACCCCCUGUUACCCCACACCCAGCACUGCCCCCUCCCUGUUACCCCACACCCAGCUCUGCCCUCUCCCUGUUACCCCACACCCAGCUCUGCCCCCUCCCUGUUACCCCACACCCAGCUCUGCCCCCUCCCUGUUAUUCCACUCCUGGCUCUGCAAUGUCUGAAUUCUCCAAUCAGCCUCCAGGGAGGAGAACCAAGACCCUGAUCAUAGAGGAUGACUGCGAGGCUGACAAUCCGGAUGACGCAAACCCAUUUUCCUUCAAGGAGUUUGUGAAAAGCAAAACGUGCUCGGCUGCAGCUGGAAAGCCCUGUGAUGGAGAGUUCUCCCAGGUGCUGCCCCAUCCUCAGGACAAGUCGGGGCUGACACUACGGUACCAGGACCCCCCUCUAGAUGAUAAUCUCCUGGAUGACAAUGACGAGGACUGGAGCGGAAGCUAUCAUCCCUCUGCCGUAGAGCAGACUCAUAAUGACAGUAUAUAUAACGAGUCCUAUGGCUACAGUGACAUCUCCGCGGGGGAUCACUUUACACCCUGGCGGCUUCUUGGAGGUGUCUCUCCUUCCACAGCCAGAGAUUGCACCACUACCACGCUACGUAAUUCCGCUGAGGACGUGCGCUUCCAAACCCUGCAGGUCCGCUAUGACGAGGUGCUGGAAGAAAACACUUUCCUGAAAAUAAAAAUCCGAGAACUGAAGGAGCGCAAUGAUUCUCAGACAGAACAGGUGAAACAUCUGGAGAGGAACCUGGAGGAGAAGAUUCUGGAGGAGCAGAAGGAGGCGCAGGACCUGGAGUCAAUGGUGCAGCAGGUGGAAACAAAUCUGCAGAUGAUGACGAAAAGAGCAUUGAAGGCUGAGAGCAACGUGACCAGGCUGAAGCAGGAGGUGACGCUUCUCCAGAUUCAGCUGAGCACCUACAGAGCGGAGAAUGAGGCCCUGCGCAGAGGGGAGACGGCUGGGAUGAACGCAGUGAAACAAAACGCUAAUCUAGCGCUGGAGAACCUGCACAAGGCAGUGAGUGGUGCUCAGGAUUCUAUAAAGCAGCUGGUGUCCGGAGCUGAAGCUUUAAACCUGGUGGCGGAACUGCUGCGAUCCAUAGACAGAAUAGCAGAAGUGCAUGAGGACGUUCCCUAACCUGCUUUCCCUCAGGAGCUGUGCCACAGACCACUGUCCUAUCAGCCGGUGCAGGACGUGCCCUAACCUCCUGCUCUCCCUCAGGAGCUGUGCCACAGACCACUGUCCUAUCAGCCGGUGCAGGACGUUCCCUAACCUGCUCUCCCUCAGGAGCUGUGCCGCAGACCACUAUCCUAUCAGCCGGUGCAGGACGUUCCCUAACCUCCUGCUCUCCCUCAGGAGCUGUGCCACAGACCACUGUCCUAUCAGCCGGUGCAGGACGUUCCCUAACCUCCUGCUCUCCCUCAGGAGCUGUGCCGCAGACCACUAUCCUAUCAGCCGGUGCAGGACGUUCCCUAACCUGCUCUCCCUCAGGAGCUGUGCCGCAGACCACUAUCCUAUCAGCCGGUGCAGGACGUUCCCUAACCUCCUGCUCUCCCUCAGGAGCUGUGCCGCAGACCACUGUCCUAUCAGCCGGUGCAGGACGUGCCCUAACCUCCUGCUCUCCCUCAGGAGCUGUGCCACAGACCACUGUCCUAUCAGCCGGUGCAGAACGUGCCCUAACCUGCUCUCCCUCAGGAGCUGUGCCACAGACCACUGUCCUAUCAGCCGGUGCAGAACGUGCCCUAACCUGCUCUCCCUCAGGAGCUGUGCCACAGACCACUGUCCUAUCAGCCGGUGCAGGACGUGCCCUAACCUCCUGCUCUCCCUCAGGAGCUGUGCCACAGACCACUGUCCUAUCAGCCGGUGCAGGACGUGCCCUAACCUCCUGCUCUCCCUCAGGAGCUGUGCCACAGACCACUGUCCUAUCAGCCGGUGCAGGACGUGCUUAGAGCAUGCUGUGUGCCUGGCUGGUAGCUAUGCAUACCUGCACAUUGUGCCAGCGGAACUCGUAUGUCACCUGCAAUGGUGAAUGGAUAAGGAUGCCCCUAUAAUGGUCCAGCCCACAAUGGCUGGCUACACUGUAUGCUGACGAUGGGCGCACAGAAUGAGCUGCUAUGUUUCCACUAACAUUUCCAACACUAACUAAUAUCUGAUGCGUUAUUUUUCUAUAAGAGAUUCUAUAUAUGGUGAGUGUAGUGAUCUAUUCAGGACUUUUCCAGAGCCAAUGACCAAAAUGUAAUGCUGCAACUGCAGAGACGUCUUCCCGUGUCCGUUCAUUCUGAUGUACUGUUUGUAUUUACCAGUCCUAUCUUCGGCGCGGCCCGUUCCAGCCACAGCUUUACCCUCUGACCUUUGCUUCUGUUUUAUAUAAUCACGCUGUCUGAACCACACAGAAUGAACAUUACAUUUAUAUUUGGGUAUUGCAAUUGGUAAAGAAGAUUUAGAAUUUUAAGCUGUAUGUUCAAAGGGUUUCUAAAGAUUUUGGUUGUAGUUAUGGAUACGGGUGUCCCAUACAUCCUAAUAGCUCCCAACAUUCCAGCAGCUCUGCUGAACCCCAGUAAUCCCGAUCACACGUCUCUGCCCACGCUUCACGUCCCGUUACACCGGAUUCCACUGCAGAUCUGAGCGCAGCACCGCUACGCUGCUUAUAAUAGCAUUCCCGUUACAAGGCUGCGUAUAUUAUAUACAGAUAAUGAGUAGUAUGACAGCAGUGUACAGAACUCCUGCUGCCUAGCUCAGAGCAGGGAUUGCGAUACUGCUCUCCUCCGCUCAGUGAUUCCACACAUUGUAUAACGUGCUCUUUCCCCAGGACAAUGUCACCAUCCUAACUUCACCUUUAUAAUGUACCUGUAAUGUGUGUUGAGCUGAUAGGAGCCUUUAGAAUAGACUGGGGGGUUAUAUAAUUAAGAAGCAUGGGAAUUUAAUGUUGGACUGCUACCUUUAUCAUAUUUGCUCAGUGAGCACUUGAGAUCACAUAAGGUGGCUCAUAUAAAACCUAGCGCAGCGGCCUGUACCUCAUGUUCCAGUGCAGUAUAUAAAAUGUCAGGAGACCCCCGGUUGCUGUGUGCGCGCUUCUCCGUGGCGUUACAUGAGGUGUUUGUAGUCUUCAUGAGUUCUGUGAGAGCCGCUGCCCGGUCACAGUGUUAUCCUUACGGCUUACAGGAAAUAAUGCACUUUAUAAUCGCUGUCCCCUGCGCCGUGUGCGUGUGUCACAACCAAUACCAGUAUGUUACGUGGGGCUCUUCAGUACACUCCUCACCGUGGGGUUUAAUUCUUUUUACUAUAGAAAGUAUUUGUAUUCUGUUUCAUACAGCCUGAAUGUGGUUCCCGUUCAUUGAUAUUUACCAGGUUACUCAUAGUUUGUAAAGCAAUAUAAUAAUUGUAACUCGCGCUCCUUUAUCUCGUCACUCUCUGUUUCUGCAGUAGCGACUAGUUUGCACUGUAUGUAAAAGGUGUGUUCUAUCUGUGCGCCACGUGCCGCCGGUGUGAGGCCGAUGGCGACGGAAGAUUUGGCACCUGUGCAUAAUACAUACUGAAAACUAUUAGAAAGUAGAGAUUUAUUGUUUAUAAAGAGAUUUGUCACCUCCA